AUGGAAGGGAGCAGCCUCAGCCCCAGGAUGUCCAGCGAACAUGAGAACACAGACAGGUUUCCCCCAAAAUGUAUAUUCAAGCACUUCAAGAGACAGAAAGUGGCAAUUUCUAAUGCGAUAAAAACUACAUUUCCUUUUCUUGAGGGCCUCCGAGACCAUGAACUUAUCACUGGUAAAAUGUAUGAUGAUUUGCAAGAGUCUCUUAGAGCACUGGUCCCUGUAGACAAAGUGAUCUACAGAGCCCUGGAAGAACUGGAGAAGAACUUUAAAAGGGAGGUCCUGAAUGUAUUGUUCAAUGAAGUCAACAUGGAGAAGUACCCUGAUUUGAAACUCAUUCAUAAAAGCUUUAAAAAUGAGUUCCCGAAUGAAUUGUGUUUCCAAGGAAGUGAUGGAGAGGAUCCCAACUCCCAGCUAAGUCUUGAACAAGGACCUAGUGGCAGCUGUUCUCAAGGAAGCCUGACCUGGUCACCCUUAGAUCCGUCCUCAUCUGAGGUCUGGAGAAGUAAUGAUAGAAGAAAUUUCAGCUUCAUCCAGGUAAAUCAAACUGAGAAUCAUCAACUCUCCAAAUCACCGAAUCACCUCGAUUCUGGUGAACUUCCAGUCCAGAUGGAUGGCAGAGAGGCUGCUACCCCCAAGCUGCACUGGGGUAAAAACAGAGCUGUGCAUGUCAACCAUGAACUCCAGAUUAAUCCAUGUUUUGUGGAUCUGGUAGAUAUAAAGAAGGAGAAUUCAUCAUUUUUCUUGGAUGUUAAUCAACAGACCCAAGCAAGGACCAACCAAAAUGAGGAGUCUGAGAUAAUAGAACUCAGCAGUGGGGAUUCUGAUGAUGGAGAAAACUUCUCAAAUGCUUCCACCUCAGUCCCCUCCCAGCCAGUGCCCGAAUAUUCCACAAAACCUCCCACACGGAGAACAUACAGAAGAGAUACUUCUGAUACUGACAGCUCAAUCAUCGUGAAAAGACGGAAAAGGGCAGGCCGGAAAAAGAGAGAGAGACGUGGAAACUACUUAAUUCGAAACAUCAAAAUCCCAAUGAGAACAAGAUGGAGAACAGCUUUCUUCAAAAGAAGUGUGAAUCCUUCUUCACAAAGAGGCAGAAAAAGAGGUCCAAGAAUUCCCAAAGAAGAAAAUGUAGAUUUUAGCGAAAGUGAGCUUCCGGUGAGCUGUGGCAACGCUAAGGGGACUCUGCGUAAGGAUCUAUUAAAGCAAGGCAUCCAUGUGGAGUGUAUACAGAGUGAGGAUAAACAAGAAUGGUUCACUCCCAGGAAGUUUGAAAUUAGAGGAGGCCGUGAAAGAUCCAAGAACUGGAAGCAAAGCAUCCGCUGCAAGGGUUGGACCCUGGGAGAACUGAUAAAGAAAGAAAAACGACGAGGCCCACCAAGAAAAAAGGUAGAAACCCCAACAAACCCAUGGCAAACAAAGAGAAAGCUGAAAAAUCCAAAAGAAUGUAAAGUGUGCUGCAAACCACGGAGAGUGUACCCUUGUGCUACUUGUAAAGAAUUCUAUCAUAAGAAUUGCCACAUUCCACCUGUGGAAGUUAAGAGUAGCCUAUGGCAAUGUACCUUCUGCAAGACAAAGAAUCAGUUAAGGUGCCAAAAAAAUGAAGCAUGUCAUAAGGAGGCUGAGGUCUUGAAGAGGAAGAUGUCACCCGAGGAACAGCUGAAAUGUGAGCUGCUUCUCUUGACUAUCUAUUGCUGUCCAAAAAGUGAAUUUUUUAUCCGAAAACCAAAGCAAAGGAAAAGGGACUUUCCAGACCUCCAGAAGCACAUGUGGUUAAACAAAAUCAAGAAUGGGCUGAAUAAGAAGGCAUGCCAUUCGGUAAAACACUUUGUGUGGGAUAUGCGCCUCAUCUUUCAGAACCACUGCAUAUUUUAUAAAAACAAGUUCAAAAAUCUUGGAAUCAGAGUAGGAAACAAAUUUGAGAAGACUUUCAAAAGGAUUUUUUCAAUCGAGGAUACAAGCAAACAACAUCAACCGUGUAAGCACACGGUUUUGUUAACCUAGCCUUUUCUGAUCCCUCCACUAUCCGUCCCUCCAGCAGCCGACAGCAUGAUGCUCAGAGAGCCUACCUUUCUGCAUAGACAGCCUGCCACUCUCCCGUCCCUAACUUUCUAUAUCAUCUUUCCUGUUUGAUCAUCGUUCUAAAGAAAACUUAGGGCAUACCAUGUACACCACACUGGUGAACUGUAAGGUGCUGAGAGAGCCCACUGAGAAGAUGACUCUGGAAGCAAGAUUGCUUUCUCACCCAUUUCAAACCCAAGUCUCAUAAAAUGCCCUCCAAAGUGUCAUGUUCAGGGGUGGCCUUGCCCCUCUAACUCUGUGACAGGGAGGAAGAACCAGUAAAAUCAAUCAAAGAACAAAAAUACUGUGACCUUGAAAACAGCUAGAAGGUGACCAUUUCUAACAUAUUACAAUUGCUUAUCCUGAAAUGUAAAAUGAGAAAGAGAAGCCAGAAAUUCAGUCAUGUUCGCUCAGUCAUGGAGAGAGAGCUCAAUUGGAAACCGUGGCUGACUGUUCAGUUUCCACAAACAGUUCCUGCUGCCUGUGGUGAACAUCCAUUUGAUGAUGUGCCCUUUCUCUCUGUUGCUACGAAUUCUUUUAUCUGGAAGCCCCAUCAGAGGUUAACUCUUCUCUGUCCUGAACUCUAUUGGAAACCCCAGCUGACUGCCUCUGCCAG